AUGGAUAUUACUGCCGGUCUCGAAGAGUCGGCAAUACCUAUCGGCGUCGAUCAUGUCUUUCUUGCGCGAAGAGUAAGGCAGGCUGCGACACUAAGCAACCCAAGUGCUCAAGCGAAGGCAUCCAGAGCUCCAGCGUUGGAGACCCCACAUAGUGGUAAUGCCUUUACUGAACGAGAAAAGGCGACAAGUUCAUUGGUGGUGGAUUCCCUCAAUCUUAAUAGUGGUGAGGCCAUUCUUGACGAUGCCCUGUUCAUUCCGCAGCUGGGCUUCGCAGACCUUGGGGGAGACUAUCUCCACUUGGACGACCCCAGCAUUGGUCCUAAUGAUGAAGACCCCUUGAAUCCCCAAGCCGGCGCCAACGAGUCACACCUAUCAACGGGGCUGCCAUCUUUGAUUCAUCGCUCGCCGCCUUCGAUAGAUAUAAGGGUCCCAGCAGAGCAGGACAUGUCAUCUCUAAGCGUUUCUAUACCAAUGACUCCAGGUGCUGUCCGAUCAAUGAUCCGCCGACCAAGAACUCAGACUGCAGCACAAAGGGUUUCCAAUCUCAUUUCCCACACGCUGAAAUCCUAUCCCUUGAUGCUACUACGCUCCAACACUCUUCCGCCUUUUAUCCACCCUAGCAUGAUAACUUCUGAGAACGAGAAUGCCCACAUGGAGCCACUUACCAAUUGCCUCAGUCUGGUUCACAUGAUCAGCACUGGGAUCCAGACAAGUCGAAAGCUGUUCUGGAAAAACGUACGGAUGGAAUGUGAACGUCUGUCUGAAGAGUAUAUAAAAUUGAGCAAGUAUGAACUUCUCACUGCCAUGCAAGCACUCCUCAUCUACGUACUCAUACGACUGGAUGAAGGAGCAACAGAUUAUAAUAGUUUCGACAGUUUAUUGCUGAAAGCCGUGACUGUGACAGCUCAACGAUUCAACGGCUUUGACGAUGCAACUUUCCAUACAGAAUGCGCACAUUGCAACAAUGGAUUGGAAAUUAGUUGGAAAGAGUGGGUCUUUAGAGAAUCAAGACGAAGACUAGGAAUAGUCUACCGGGUUGUGAAUAUGCUCGUUUAUUUUGAGCCAAUGGCCAUGUGCGAUCUGCCUUCUGACCUGAUUCUAGCGCCACUGCCGGCGAAGAAACAGUUAUGGGAGGCAGGUGAUGAGUUUGGGUGGAAGGCCGUGGGGCAGAGAGAGAUGGGAGCCAAAGCCGCCUUUGGACUGGCAACGCACGGUGGACUUGUCAGGCUGGACGAUCGUGAGUUGUCUUGCAAUGAUGCUUGGGCACCGUAUAAAUGCUUGGAUACCAGGGGCCAGCCGAGGAGCACGGCGAGCUGGGAGGAGUGGUGCUCGGGAAUAGAUGGGUUUGGAGGGCUUGUUAUGCUUGCUGCGUCCUUAAUAGCGUAGUUUAUAUGUCGGAGAAAUCGCAAGGCCCACAUGUCUAACUCUCAACCGGCGUUGCCGUAGCACUUGAAGAUGAUAGUGAGAC